AUGAUAUCCCUCAUCCCAAUCCUCAUCACUAAUCUCAACUCCACUCCUCGCACAGCAUCGGCCAUGCGCCUCGUCAACACCCAAACCAUCCAACUCGAGUUUGUCGCCGACGACAAUGUGCCCGACUACGCAAUCCUGUCUCAUACCUGGGAACAGGAAGAGGUACUCUUCCACGACAUGGGACGCGAUAGCGCCAAGUCGAAAAAGGGCUACGCUAAGCUCGAGAGCUGCUGUCGCGUAGCGAGAGAGAAUGAGUUUCUGUAUAUCUGGGACGAUACCUGCUGCAUCGAUAAGACAAGCAGUGCAGAAUUGAGUGAAGCUAUUAAUUCGAUGUAUCGGUAUUAUCAAGAGGCUAGCAUUUGUUAUGUAUACCUCGCAGAUAUUUCUACCGUCUCUGAAAUCCCCAAUAGCAGAUGGUUUACUAGAGGUUGGACGCUACAAGAACUUAUUGCGCCAAGUUCAAUGAUCUUCUUCGACAGAGACUGGCGUGAGUUGGGUACCAAGACAAGCUUAGUGCAGGUACUGUCGCAAAGAACAAGUAUACCAGAAUCUAUUCUCUGUGACAGCGAAGAGCUAGAGACGGCGAGCAUCGCACAGAGAAUGUCAUGGGCAGCCGACAGAGUAACAACAAGAAAGGAAGACAGUGCAUAUUCCCUCAUGGGUAUCUUCGGGAUCAACAUGCCCCUCCUCUACGGUGAAGGCGACAAGGCCUUCUAUCGGCUCCAAGAAGAGAUCAUGCGCGUAUCAGACGAUCACAGCAUCUUCGCUUGGAAAGCCAUCACUUCUCGUGGUGGGUUACUCGCCCCCACACCAGCUGCCUUCAAGCACUCAGGCGAUAUCAUCCCAUGGAAUCCGUUCACGCCAUAUAACAGUCCGUUCACGAUCACUAAUAAGGGUGUGCACAUGGAGGCGCCGUUCAUUGCGCAGGAUACUUCGGGCAGGGGCCUUUGUGUUCUUCAUUGUACGAGGGUUGGGACGAGGGAUAAAUUGAUUGCAGUGAAUUUGAGGGAUGUUUAUUUGACGAUGGAGCAUUUUGAGAGGUGUAGGAGUGACGAGUUGGAGUGGAUUGACUUGGACAGGUUCAACCUCACGCAGUAUCCCGUGAGGCCUUUGUGUAUACGGCUCCACCUCCCAUCAAUUUCCCGAAGAGCAAGACAGAAGGAAGGGCAGGUCGAUGGACUAUCCGAUUCCAGUGCAGUUGUUGAGCGCAACAGCAUAUCAUCACUUUCAGAACCUGCUUUAGUAGGCGAUGCUGGCUCAGUCUGGUACCUACUAGCCCAAGCCCCACCUGGAACAAUGCACGAUGAAGCUCGCUCAGCGAUCUGUCUGGCUGCUCGCGGUGGCCAUGAGCGUCUCGUCAGUCAGCUGUUGGCAAGGAGAGACACAUCUACUCUCAUAACUGACAGUGAAGGUCGAACUGCGCUCUCCCAUGCUGCAGAGUGCGGCCAAGAAGCCAUCGUCAGAUUUAUCCUGUCCAGCGCCAGGAUCCACCCUGAAAUAAGGGAUGUACAUGGGCUAACGGCGUUAUGGUACGCCGUGUACCAUAGACACACUGCAUGCGCAAAACUGCUUCUACAGAAAGGCUUGGUGUCUGGCAACGUUGGAGGUAACGGCAAUACCCAAACUGCUCUUUGGCACGCGGUCUCCGCCGGCGAACUCGACCUUGUGAAACUCCUCCUGCAGAAUGGGGCGUCAACCACCAAUGGAAGCGAACUAGCCCUUUACGCAGCAGUAUCACACCAGCACCCCGCCAUGGCCGACCUCCUUCUGCAGUACGGCACCGACCCCAACGAACGAGAUACAAAACGCCGAUCCCCGCUGCACAUUGCAUGCAGGAAGGAUAACCACGAGAUAGUAGCUCUGCUGAUGAGACAUGGUGCCAACGCUGACACGCUCGACACCGGGGGCAAGACAGAACUGGCGUUUGCGACGCUGAGGGGCAAUGUGGCGCUGGUCAAGGUGUUGCUGGAGAAUGGGGCGAAUCCGAGGGCUAAGUGUGCGAAUGGGAAGACGGCGGCGGCUUAUGCGACGGGGCAGGAGAUGAAGAGUUUGAUUGGUAAUCAGAGAUGGUAUAAGACUUUGCUUGAUAGGACGAGUACGAAUCGGUCGGCGUUGUCGUGA